AUGGCCGUGAACGCAUCCGUCGCGUUCGAUCUCCCUCCCCUACCAACCUACACCUUGACCACACGAGAGGAUCUGCUCGCUCCUAUCCCCGAUAAUAUUCUCUCGCUCAUAUUACCCGUUGUGGCUUACUGGGCCCUGUCGAUGAUCUAUCACUUCCUGGAUAUCAACAAUUACUUCGUCCAAUACCGGCUUCACACCCCCGCGGAAGUCCUGAAAAGAAACAAAGUCACCCGGUGGGAAGUUGUUCGGGAUGUUAUCUUACAGCAAGUGAUUCAAACUGUGGCCGGUCUUGCUUUUAUGUACUUUGAUGCGGAGGAAACUGCUGGAAAAGAGGAGUAUGAUGUGGCCGUGUGGGCGCAGCGGUUGCGCAUCGCCCAAAAGGCUGUUCCGUCAUUAUUGGCUCUUGUUGGGGUUGAUGCCGUUAGCCUAGGGAAAUCCGUGUCACAAGCUGGUUAUACCAUGUUGGCUGGAGCUCUGGCUGGUGGAUCUUACCCCGGUGUGACCCAAUACAUGACUCUCGGCGGAGCCGAGGUCGUGGUGCCCGCCUUCACAAGCUGGGAGGUUACAGUUGCUAGUUUCAUCUACUGGUAUUUUGUACCGGCGCUUCAGUUCAUGCUAGCGAUUUGUAUCGUGGAUACUUGGCAGUACUUCCUCCACCGGGCUAUGCAUAUGAACCGGUGGCUCUACGCGACUUUCCAUUCCCGCCAUCACCGUCUCUACGUUCCUUACGCCUUUGGUGCCCUCUACAAUCACCCGUUUGAGGGCUUCCUCUUGGAUACGGCCGGCACUGGUGUUGGAUUCCUACUCUCCGGCAUGACCACUCGCCAGGCCAUGUGGUUCUUCACAAUGUCAACUAUCAAGACUGUCGAUGACCACUGUGGUUACGCCUUCCCCUGGGAUCCAUUGCAGCAUUUUACAUCCAAUAAUGCCGCCUAUCACGACAUCCAUCACCAAAGCUGGGGUAUCAAAACCAACUUCUCCCAGCCUUUCUUCAUCUUCUGGGAUCGCCUUCUUGGCACUCAGUGGACUGGUGAAGUUAAGCUACGCUACGAGCGAGCUCGCGAAAAUGCCCAGAAACAGGUGGAUCUGGAUGUUGCCCAGGCGCUUGAAACAGCCGCACCUGUGACUAUGACAGUUACAGAGGAACAUGAACAUGAGCGGGUGGUGCUCUCGCCUGAGGGACCUGCGACCCGCACUCGGUUGCGCCGAAAGACCGUGGAUAGUCUCAAGGGUCCGAGUCAUGGCGUUCCUGGAAGUGUCCUGCACAAUUAA